ACACGCGAAACAAAAUAAAAAUGGACACGGAAAUAAAGCAGCAAUUCGACGAGAUAGGCGUGGAGCCCAGCGAAGCGGUGCUGGACAAGUGCAUGGAACUGGCCAUCACGUACAGCAUUGAGGAUGCCACUGAGUUCGUGGAGCAGUGGAUGGCCUUCAGCUUGUCCCAUCUGCACGGGGAGGAUCCAACGCCCGAGAAUCUUGGCGAGUUCGAGCGCAAGGUACUCCAGCUGAAGAAGGACAAGGUGGGCUUCAAGACAUCCACACAGAAAACGUAUUCCCCAGCUCCUGUGGUCGCCACGAGCUCUCUCUCUACUUAUGGCGUCAUCGAGGAUGAUCCCAUGACGUACGACUAUGGUAUCGAGUCGUUGACAGACUCUUCGAUGAUGCACACGCCUAAGUCCAAGAAGGAUCCGUCACGCUCCUCUGCCCUCAAGGGCGGCGUUCUCUUCAGUCCCGCCAGCUACACACCGCAGUCGGCCAAACGUACCCCAGCGGCAGGAACGGGAACACCAUCGACGACAACAGUGGCCGGACGACCAGGAGACAUUGUGGACACCUUCGGACACCCCAAACUGCUGGCCGGAACCACGUGGCAAGCCAAGCUGGAGCAUUCCCUGCCCGUGUCGCAGAGAUUACUGCACCAGGAGGCUCCGCUGACGCUCAGCAACCUGGGCUACAUGAACGACCUGCUUAGCGAUAAGUGUGAUAAUCUGUACGACCGGCUGGAGGAAACGGGGCGAGCGCUGGUGGAGAAGAAGCUCGGUGCGGAGGGAGCGGCCGACUGCAGCUGGUAUCCACAGGACGGGCAGACGCUGCAGGCGCUGCACAUGCUCUAUGCCGUUGGCAUGAUACAUUCCGAGGACGAUGGCCCCCUGGACGCCCACUCGGCCUUUCUGGCCGUUACAGAUGGAGAGGAAAGCAGCUUUCUGGAUUUGAACUUCACGCGUAUCAAGUCGGCCAGCAUCUUUCCGGGCCAGGUGGUGCUGGCGAAGGGAUUCAUACCCAAAGGCAACUCCUUUGUGGUGGAGGAGAUCCACACCGAGCGGAAGCUGACGCCGCCCUCGCCAUUGAAGGUGGACAGAGAGCUGCAGUUCGUGGUGGCCGCCGGUCCCUAUACACACAGUACGGACUUGUUCUACGAUCCCCUGCACGAUCUUCUCAAGUACCUGAAGGACCACAGACCGGAUGUCCUCGUUCUGGUGGGUCCCUUUGUGGACGCGGAUCACAAACUCGUCGCCGAAAUGGCAGAGACCUUCGACUCGUUCUUCGAGAAGAUGGUUUCGGGCAUCAUGGACGUGGUUGGAGGUCACACGACAGUCUUGAUGAUCAGCAGCCAGAAGGAUGCCAUGUCUCAUACGGUCUACCCCACCCCGCCGCCUGCUCUACGCAAGACAUACCCUAAUCUGCACCUGCUGCCCGACCCCUCGAUGGUGGACCUGGACGGGAUCACGCUGGGCGUCACCUCCACCGACGUCGUGGACCAUUUGCUCAGCCACGAGUUUGCGGCGAAUGCCGGCGAGCGGAUGCAUCGGGCAAUCAACCACCUGUUCAAUCAGGGAUCCUUCUAUCCCAUUUACCCGCCGGGGGACGAGGACAUGUCCUACGAUACGCAGCUGGCACUGAAGUACGCCCAGCUGCGGCAACUGCCCAAUGUCCUCCUGCUGCCCGGCGACCAGAGGCACUUCAUCCGGCUGGUUAGCGAUUGCCUAGUAAUCAAUCCCGGACGGCUGUCGGACAAGAAGGGCGGCACCUUUGCCCGCUUCUUGGUUGCGCCCACAGCCCCUACGGCCACGGGCAAGGCCGCGAGCUUGUUCAACAGCGUAGCCUGUCAAAUCCAACGUAUUUGAAGACACAGGCCCGUACCCGCUGCACAGAUCUUUACAGCUAACAGUAGGAAAUGAUGUCUAAACGUAAAAGUACUCGCUAGGAUCUGAUCUCGCUAUGUACGAUUGAGAUGGAGUCCCAGUCCCAGUCCAAGUCCUGUUCUGGCCUGGCCCUUCCGCACACGAGUCAAUUCCGAACUCAAUUCGGUAUCGAAAUCGCACAGAAAAGUAAACUAAAAACUCCGAUUGUAUAUUUUAA